CCUCCAAACUCUCUGGAAUACAGUUCGAGUAAAUUCCAGACACAAAAGUUCCAAAUCAGCGUUUGCGUUUUUCCUUUUCCAAAGGUUUUUUUCGUUAUAUUCGAUAUUGUGGGUCUUAAAAAUUUACUCCCUUCAUUUUGUGUUUUCAAUCAUGCACCAAGUUGUAGAUGUCACCAUUAAUGGCACUUUGUUCAUGUUCCUAAUUUAUGUGUACGCCCUAUUUCGAAUGACUGGCAGCUAAGAUUUAAGAAUGUAGUUGAUCAUAAAGCAAUUCAGUCAUUUUUUCCGCACAGGAAAACACCCAGCAUGGCGUCCAAGUUUAAAGUAAGAAAGAAACUUUAUGUUUUUGUCGCUCUUGCAAUCAUCGGCUUGAUCCUUUUUACCAAAGAUUUUUCGCCGAACGUUGAAAGCGCAAUGGAGGACCAUAAAAAAGAACGUCAGGUUCUAGAGAAACCUCAAGAAUUCGUACUAGGUGUUGUUGCGUGUGGGAAUAGAACUGAAGAAGCCCUCGUGAUGAUAAAAUCUGCCUUAGUGUUAAAAUCAACAAUGCUUCUUAAACUCCUAGUGGUGACUGAGGAGCCCUCAAAAAAGUUCUUUGAAGAAAAGCUCACCCCAUGGGUCAUUUUGAUGAAUGAUACAUUUACUUUUGAAAUUCAUUUAGUUUCUUUUCCGUCAACUCAUGAAAAAGAAUGGAGACACAUGUUCAAAUUGUGCGCUUCCCAACGACUGUUUUUUCCUGACUUGUUACCACACAUAGAUUCUUUGCUGUAUGUCGAUACAGACACACUAUUUUUAACACCUCUAACAAAUAUAUGGAAACAUUUUUCUUUGAUGAAUUCCACCCAGCUUGCAGCCCUUGCACCUGAGGGUGAGGACGAGAACGUUGGCUGGUACAAUCGUUUUGCCCAGCACCCUUACCCUGGAAGACUAGGUCUUAAUUCUGGAGUGAUGCUCAUGAAUCUUACUCGAAUGAGAACCAUGGGAUGGACCAAGUAUCUUGCUCCAAUUUAUGAAGAGUUCAAGCACAAACUCACUUGGGGAGAUCAAGACAUCAUCAAUAUCAUAUUUUCUUAUCAUCCAGAAUGUCUGUACAUGUACCCAUGCUCGUACAAUUUUCGAUCGGAUCAUUGUAUAUAUACAAGUAUCUGCCUGGAUGCAGAAGAAAAUGGUAUUAAUGUUAUGCAUGGCUCGCGUGGGGCAUUCCAGAAAAAGCAGCCCGCUUUCAUGGCCGUGUAUAAAGCUUUCAAGGAGUAUCAGCUUGGAACGGAUCCUUUUCAGAAUCUCAUGCUUCCAAUGCAAAACAAUCUUGAUGCAGCUGAUGUCAGUUCGACCAACUGUGGGAAAAUCAGACACGUGUACUUGAAAAACUUGGCCUCCUUCUUCCAGCAAAAAUUCCGUGUCAGGUAGCCUUUGACGAGGGAAUUGGAUUUCUUUUGUUUACUACAACCGAUCUCAUGUCGAAUUGUUGGUACAGUAGAGCCUUAAUUAUCAGCCCCAGUGAAGUGAGUGUCCUGUCCAAACCAAAUCAUGAAAAAUCCAGAUGAAUGAUAUAGUCAUGAUAAUUGGAAAAUUAUUUUAAAAAAUAUUUCAAAACCAGAAAAGUGCGAAGAUUUAUAUUUAGUUGCAUAUUUAAAUAAAACUCUUUCUCCCCUUACCUUCUUAUGGUUCAAUGGGGGAUGAUGGGGUUGAUGAGAUUUACAUUUAGUUGCAUAUUUAAAUAAAACUCUUUCUCCCCUUACCUUCUUAUGGUUCAAUGGGGAAUGAUGGGGUUGAUGAGAUUUACAUUUAGUUGCAUAUUUAAAUAAAACUCUUUCUCCCCUUACCUUCUUAUGGUUCAUGGUUCUUAUGGAUGAGUUUCAAUGGGGUCUGUUGUCUAUCCUCUUCAACAGUUGCAUGCAACUCAAUGGGUGACUCAUCUGCAACUGAUGUAGAAGAUGAUUAGCUUACCCCACCAAAACCCACCUGCAUUUAACUAUAAAUCAAUGAGGGAAGUAAGAAGUUUUUGACGUCUGUUACUUAAUGUAAUUAUUCAUGAUUCCUGCACUUCGAUAAUCCAGAUUGAGUUUUAAGUGCGUUUUCUCUCUAUAUUCAUCAAAACAAAGCUAGCUUUAUUAAUGCAUUGCGAUGUCAUCCAACAAACCAUUUCUCUGGCCUGGAUGUUGAUUUUUUACCAAACAUCCAUUCCGCAAAAAUUAUAGCUUCACAUCAGGAAUUGGUGCCAAAAAACGCUGAAAAAUGGGGCUGAAUAAUCAAGGCUCUACUGUAGGUCGAAAAUAUUUUUAUUGACUUGUUAUCUUCACUUUUCAGUUCUUUUUAAUCUUUUUAGACGCAAAAUAAAAAAGAACUCUUUCAUUUGCCACUGAAAGUGGAUUCUCAUUUGUGUGUACAGGUCCUUAGGUUGCAGUUGUAAAAAAUGCAAUGUCUAAGUUUUCUGAAGUCUUUCAUCUAUGAGGCACUUUGUGUGAGGGGAACCACAGGGUUUAAAAAUCUUCCAAAUGUAGCUGUGAAAAUGUUUUUUUUAUUGUAAUAACAAUACCUUGUAAUAUUGUAAAUUUUUGCGCAAAA